UUCCUACUUACUAGGAUAACAUGUCCGCACUAAAGUUUACCCCUGUCACCGACCUUUCAACAUCCGGUCUCUUACUUCCUGCAUAGGAAAAUGACCACUAAAAAUAAGAAGACGCGGAAACUUCGUGGUCAAGUCAGUCACGGACAUGGUCGUAUAGGUAAACACAGGAAGCAUCCAGGUGGUCGCGGUAAUGCUGGAGGCCAACACCACCACAGAAUCAACAUGGAUAAAUAUCACCCUGGAUACUUUGGUAAAGUGGGUAUGCGGUACUUCCACAGAACCAACAACAAGUUCUUCUGUCCUACAGUGAACCUUGACAAACUGUGGUCCCUCGUCUCAGAGCAGACCCGUGAGAAAUAUGCUGACAGCAAGGAUAAGGCCCCAGUCAUUGAUGUUGUCCGAUCAGGUUACUACAAGGUUCUUGGCAAGGGUCACCUGCCCAAGCAGCCCGUCAUUGUCAAGGCCAAGUUCUUCAGUCAGUCUGCUCAGAAGAAGAUCAGAGCGGCUGGUGGAGCCUGUGUACUCGUUGCUUAGACUGUAUGUGCAGAGAAAAUAAAGAAAAAAACAAUA